GAAGUUUACGCGACAACCAGACGCUCCUCCAAUCGAUUCAGUCAGUCCACUCUUCGAUCCGUUUCUCGUCCCGUAACAAAACCCUGUAGUACGCCAUGGCACCACCAAGGAAGAACCAAAACCACGACGACAAGCCAGACACUCCCCACGAGGGAGGAGGCGGAGGAGCAGGAGGAGCAGGAAAGAAGAAUAGCCAUACCGGAGGCACCAAGAUGCGACGAGGCGCAAGUUCCACGGGCUCGAGCCUGCGUGAGGUGACCAACGCCGCCGCCGUUCUUGCCGCCGGUCCUACUUCGCAUCCGCAUCCUACGACGACGACGACAACAGCGUCGACGACUACGAUAACAACAACAACAACAACAACAACAACACAAUCAGAGACAAGCAACUCAGGAGGUCUCCAAUGGCCCGCCUUUGAGCGCGAAGUCCUCCACGCCUACCGCCGAGCCUACCGCCUCCAGACCCCCACCGCCUACGCGAACCCCGUCCACCAAUGGGUCCUCACCCAACCAGGCAGCGUCGGGCUCUACUCGCCCACGAUUGCGCGACGCAGGGAAUACCGCAGGCAAAGCAAGGACCAGUUGACCAGCACGGUGCGCAAGCACUUUAAUGGGCUGGGCGUCCAGGAGAACGAUAUCAUUGUUGAUUUUUUGCACAAGAUCCGCACUUCGCAGGGGGUGCCGAAAAGAAAGGUGGUUAAGCCGCGGGAGUACAUUACGUUGCCGGUGGAGGAAUGAACGAAUGAAUUGAAUGGAUGGAUGGAUGGAUGGAUAAAUUGAGGGAGAGACAUGGUGCGUGAAGGGAAGGUCUGAUGGGACUUCCACCAGGGGAGGGAGAUACGGAAGCAACAUAGCUAGCUAGCUAGCUAGGUAGGUAGGUAGGUAGGUAGGUAUCUAUCGGUUGCGCGGUGCUGUGAAAAGUCGUCAAUACUUUUGUUUCUUUUUUUUUUUCUUUGUGGUUAUUUACGUUGCUUGCUCGGCGCCCCAGUUUGGCGACCCCAUCUAUAAGUCAUAUAUGUUAUUCUACACUACUCAUGACAGACAGACGUUCAACCUUGACCACCUAGGCUAACCCCCCAUCCACUUCCUCCCCGCCAC